UUUUUAAAAUACAAAAUCCCACGCCGCAUAAACGUUCUGGAUUUUCCAGGCAAAUUGUCGUGAUAAACCCUAAUUUUGAAUUUUCCUUCCCCUCUACAGUACAGUUGUCCUCACCUCCGCGCGAUACCGUAAACCCUGUGCCCGGCUACCUAAUUCACCCCCUUUGAGUAUCUUGGCUUCGAUUGAACAAACGUAAUUCGAUCAAUACCAAUCUUGAAUUUAGUUCUUCAAUGGCAGAGGAGGAGGACAAGCGCAGUCGUGGCGAAUCGAGUGAUUACACAUCGGAGGAUGAGGGAACAGAGGAUUACAGGAGAGGAGGAUACCAUCCAGUGCGGAUAGGGGAAACAUUCAAGCAUGGUUGUUAUGUGGUUCAGAGCAAGCUCGGAUGGGGUCAUUUUUCCACUGUAUGGGUCGCUUGGGACACCCAGAGAUCGCUGUAUGUGGCAUUGAAAGUUCAAAAGAGUGCUUCGCAUUACACUGAAGCUGCAAUGGAUGAGAUAAAAAUACUCAAGCAGAUUGCAGAGGGAGAUCCUGAUAACAAAAAGUGUGUUGUGAAGCUUUUGGAUCAUUUCAAGCAUUCAGGGCCAAAUGGACUUCAUAUGUGUAUGGUUUUUGAGUACUUGGGAGAUAACCUUUUGACACUUAUUAAGUAUAGUGAUUACCGAGGGGUUCCUUUACAUAUGGUCAAAGAGAUUUGUUUUCAUAUACUAGUAGGUUUGGAUUACUUGCAUAGCCAGCUUUCAAUUAUUCACACUGACUUGAAGCCGGAAAAUGUCUUGCUUUCGUCAUUCAUUGAUCCAACCAGAGAUCCUAGCAAAACGAAUGGUCCUCCCAUCCUUCCAACUAGUAAUAACAAAAUUGUGUCUGUGCAUGGUGCGGUAAAAGAUAUUAAGAGUUCAAAUGGGGGUCUGACCAAGAAUCAAAAAAAGAAGAUUCGAAAGAAGGCGAAGAAGGUUGCUCAAGGAGCAGGGAAAGAUGACUCUGAAGAACAUGAAGCUGGAGAUCAUACACCCAAUGCAGAGGAUUCUAAUGGUCAAGUAAAGCCAAGUGGGAAUUCUGCUGAGGAACCAGUAAAUGGUUCCGUGAUUAGAGAUGUUUCAGCAAAGAGUGAGAGAGUCAAGGAUGCAUCUCAAGAGAAUCAUGGUCGCAGAAGAGGAAGCCCGUCCACAAUGAAAAAGCUCUUAGCAGCAGUUGAUUGCAAUUGCAAAUUGGUUGAUUUUGGAAAUGCUUGUUGGACUCACAAGCAGUUUACGAGUGAUAUCCAGACAAGGCAGUAUCGGUGUCCAGAGGUUAUUCUUGGAUCUAAAUAUUCAACUCCAGCAGAUCUCUGGUCCUUUGCUUGCCUAUGCUUUGAGCUUGCCACUGGAGAUGUUCUUUUCGAUCCUCAUAGUGGUGAUAACUACGACAGGGAUGAGGAUCACUUAGCAUUGAUGAUGGAGCUUCUUGGGACGAUGCCACGCAAGAUUGCACUACGUGGCCGCUUUUCUCGAGAUUUCUUCAAUAGAAAUGGAGAUUUAAGGCAUAUCCGCCGGUUACGCUCUUGGCCACUUAAUAAGGUGUUGAUUGAGAAGUACAGUUUCAGCGAGCAAGAUGCUAAUGACAUGGCAGACUUCCUUGUCCCCAUUCUUGAUUUUUUGCCUGAGAAAAGGCCAUCAGCAGCUGAAUGCCUUAAUCAUCCAUGGAUCACUGGAAGACCCCGAAUGCUUGAGCCUUCUAUGGCAGCUAAUCUUCCCCAGCCUUCAAGUGGGAUUAUAUCUGAAACGGAGAUACAACAGAAGGAUGAGAAGGACACCAUAGAGUUUGGUCUGGGAAAUAUGACAAUUAUUGAAGCUUCAAAGCCAUCUAGAAAACCUCCUCCUAUUGUAAAUCCUCCAAAUUAGAUCUGAUGAAAGUUUGAAGCCAGUGUUUUCGUCCCAUAUCCUUAUUCACAGGUGUACUCUGGUUGAAACGGCGGAGAGAAGUUGGUCAUCCACAUUCAUGUGAGAAUUAAAUCGUGCGGCAACUGGCAUGUGUGUGACCUGAAAGGCAUUUGCAGUCCGGAGGAUAUCAUUGUUCUAUCUGAUAAACAUGAAUUUUUUAUUUUUUUACACAUGUAUUACCUUUGCUUUUGUUUUUUUUGCACUGUUUCUGCCGCAUCUAACUUUGUCUAGGUUAUUUAGUCACGUUUGUCAGGUUACUGAGUACCCACUGGUUUUUGCAACAAAUGCUAACUGCAUCAAAACCCUAGGAAGAUGAUUAUUGUUGGGCUCAACCUACUGUAUUGGAUUGGACUUUCAGCCGAAAAGUAUUGGUUCUG